AUGUUGGAGCAGCUGGGUCUGAUCGGUACGAUCGGGGACGAUGAGGAGAGCCCGGAGGAACCCGACAGCGAGUCCGAGCCCGAGGUGAGUCUGCCCGGCGUGAGCCCAGCGGACCGACCGCUGAAAGAUCCAGAGGAAUUUCAAUCACCGCUAAACUGAAGAACGAUCAUUUUGAAUUUGUAUAAGAUACAUGUUUACUGAAGAUAUACAUUUCUUAGUUUACAGUGUUGUUCUUGUUUUUAAAGUGCAUGUAAAUAUUUUGAAAGUCUUAUAAAUGAGCCGUUUUAUUCAUAAAUCUCUCAUCAUGCGUGAGGAAAAAAUAAUGUUGAUGCCAGCACUGAAGACAUUAAAUUGUAUAAGAAUUAUCAUAAAAUAACAAUUGAUCUGUAUUUGAUAAAAUGAUGUCGGACUAGAUUACCUAGAUAGUUCUCAGUGUAAACUCAAAUUAAAGUGCAAAAAUAAGGCAGUAUUUUCGUCUUAUUUUACAAAAAAGAGGUUUUAUUAAAACUAAUGUAGAACACAUUCACUUGACAGGCCCAGGAAAAUCUUCAAUUUCAAGAUUUUUUAGGUAAAAAUAAGACUUAAACUGCUUUUAAUGAGCAGAAAAACCUACCAUUAAAGUAGAAGAAAACUUUAUAAGUUUAUUCAAAAAUAACAUGUUGAUUGAAGAAGCUAAAUAAAGUGUAAAUGUAAUGUAUUAAACAAAAAAUAUAAGGGAUGUUGUCUGUGAAAUGUAACUUAAAACAGGAUUAUUUGGUGAAUUACUGUCUGGCUGCCACCAAACUGUGUUUCAGAGUGUUCAGACAUAAUUGGACAAAAAAAUGGAUUCAUGUAAUUCCGUCCUUUAGACCAGUUAAUGUUCACAGCAGGACAGGUGCGAGUAUUCGUACUCUGCUUUCUGUGAGUGUGUGUCUUAGUCUUUUGCUUGUGUGUGUUUCAGGAUCAGCCCAUCGUUCUGAACAGGAAGAAGAAGUUGGGGAAUCGUGGAGUGAAAGAUUUCAACGCUGACUUUGAGUUUGGAGAGAGGGACGGACUGAAUGAUAAUGAUGACUGGGUGAUGGCUGAUGUCAUGAAACAGCUGAAGAAAAAGGUAGGACCUGUAAACACCUCAGCUUGGAUCUUCCAACAAAGCCAAUGUGUGUGAAGAAAUACCCGCAUGAAUAAUGAAUAAAUAUAUUGUAGCCUCCUAUCUCUUGUUCUCAACACCAAAGUCACAUUUAUUUUUAAAGACACUUCACUCUGUGAUUUAUUUUACAGACUGUGUGAAGGGAAUUUCAAAAGUUCUUUCUAAAUAGAUUAUAUUUGUCUGAAAACAGUUGAAAACAUGUAAAAAAGUAUGUGAUGCACUGAAGCCUCUUUAACACAACCCCUUACAUUAUAUUGGUAUGAAAUCAAAUAUAAGUCACUGCAUCCGCUACAGUUGGUGUAUCUUUGCUCCGGCAUACAGUUAUCUAACACAGUAUAGUUAAUAAAAGUUAAUGUAGUUAAUAGGGAAAGUGAAGUGUUUAAGUGAGGUUUUAUUGUGAUACAUUAAAAUGGAUCUGAAAAGACAUAAAGAGGCACAAACAGGGAAAUGACAAUAAAACUAGAAUCAUCUCUACUCUCUUUAUAAUCAUCUGGAUAUCAGUCUGAGGCUGACUGUUUUAUCUCAGAUUAUACUGUGGAGAUGACUGACACUCGAGAGCAGCAGUUGGGUGUAGCUUUUGUACUCUAAACUUUCAUGCUCCCACCCUCCUUGAACAGAGAUUACUGCUCAUUUUCUUAUGGUUUGGCUGGGUGGUCAGUAACAUUUUUGUGUGUUGUGAAAACAUCUGGACUCAUCUUUUUUGCUGUACACGGACUUAACCUUUUGUUAUGACACUCUAAACUCUAAAUGGCUCUUGGGCAACUUUGGUUAUUAUUCCUCAGCUGACUGCAGCUCACACUCAAGUUUCUUCAUCAUUAAAGACUGUCGACUGCUUCCCUGUCCCAGCUGAGAGUGGACACACUCUUCCACACAAACUCUUAUCCGCCUGUGUUUUUAUUUGUUUCUAUGUUUGCAGAGGUGUGUGACCACUCUGGACCAGAAAAUCGAGAAAAUCAGGAAGAAGAGGAAAGCAGAGGUGGGUCCAGACAGAGUCACUUUCUCCUUCCUGUUUUGUAUGAUUCUGCUUUUUGUGUUUAAAAGGUGAAGUUUGUUUUGGUCUGCAGGAGAAAUCAGCCGAGGAAGACGCUGAUGAGGGUUCUUCAGGAAAGAACCAGGAGGAGGAGGAUGAGGAUGAGGAUGAGGAUGUGAAGCCUCCUGCAGGAGAGGCAGACGAAGAAGAUGACAGUGAUGACAAUGAUGAGGAUGACGAUGAUGAUGAUGAGGAUGAGGAUGAGGAUGAAUUUGACUCGGAUGACGAGAAGAUUCUGACCAAAUCAGGUGAGAACAGUCGGGUUGAAACCUCCUGAUUGAUUAAUUGGAAUUUUUAAUAAUAAACAAAUUAAAUUAAAACUUUAACUUCUUCUUAUUUAUACAUUUGAUUUUGUUUUUCAGACACCCUGAAAGACAAAAAGCAACGAGGGAAGAAGAGGAAGGCAGAGGAGGAGGUGAGGAGAAGACGCAGAGUAUGUAACAAGUUUAUUCACAGUUUAUACCUUGUUACCAUAGUAACAGCAGUUGUGUGUUUUCAGGCUCCAGAGUCGUUCCAUGAAGACGCCUCUCAGUUUAACGAUGAGCUGACCUUUGAUGACAUGAACCUGUCCCGGCCCAUUCUGAAGGUAAGCCUGACCUCUGACCUCUGAGAAUAAAUGAAAUCUGGGAUUCUUGUGUCGCUCUGCACUGAUGGUAUCCCAUAAACAACACCUUCAUAGGUGUCUUUAGUCACCUCGUAUCUUCAGUCUAAAUGAAAAGUCGUGCAUCAUGUAGUUUGCGUUAGUCACCUUCACUAGGUGUCACCAGAACUACUAGACCUGAAAUGAAAAACACAGAGAAAUUCUACCCAAACGUCCCCCACACUUCAACCAACAAUAGAGCAAAAAAAGACUUCAUCAGAAAAGAAGCUCCAAGCCCAGAAACAGGAGAGCUCCAGUCUGAGGAGGGUCUGUGGUUCUAUACUUGUCUGUAACCUCAAAUUAUGUCCCUGCAGGCCAUCACAGCUCUGGGCUUCAAACAGCCCACUCCCAUCCAGAAGGCCUGUGUCCCUGUGGGCCUGCUGGGUAAAGACCUGUGCGCCUGUGCCGCUACUGGGACAGGUAAGGCUGGCGUGCAUGGACCAGUUUGUUGUCCUAAAGCUGAUGUAUGUUACUGUUUCUGAAUGACUGAUGUGAUCAUUGUUCUUUUCUCUGUAGGAAAGACAGCAGCCUUCAUGCUUCCUGUGUUGGAGCGUUUGGUUUAUAAACCCAGGACAUCCCAGGUGACCCGGGUGUUGGUUCUGGUUCCUACCAGAGAGCUGGGCAUCCAGGUUCACUCUGUAGCCCGUCAGCUUGCUCAGUUUACCUCCAUCACCACCUGCCUGGCUGUUGGUAAGACUCUGAAGAAACAACCUGAAUAACUUCAGGUUUUAUUUCACUCUCUUUAAUGAAAUCUUACUAUAUCCCACCUGCGUAUGGACUCUGGACUUUUUUCUUUGUCCAGUUCAUAGACUGUUGGACCUAGAUGUAACCUCAGGUGUUUCAAGUGACAGAAAUGCCGGGUGCUCUGUACCUGCAUUUAUAAAAAUGUCCAGCAGGAGGCAGCUCUUCUUUCUUGGAAGCAAAGUUCUGAUUGAAGUCUUUGAGAAAACACUCCUGCUUCCCUCAGUUAACAUGAUGAGUUCAUGGUCCUAGUGUUGUUCAUGUUAUUUGCUGUGGUCCCAGUUAAAGUCACAGAUGCCAGAAAGCGAGGCUGCAUGUUUGGGUCGCUGUGAUUGACAGGUUGCUACUACAGUAACCUGCAACCCCAGACAGAGAUGUAUUAAUGCAUUUUCCACCCCGUUGUCCAAAUAUGGUCAUUUAUAGCUGUCCUAAAGGAACCUGUCCUUGUGAUAUUCCAGGUGGGUUGGACUUGAAGUCUCAGGAGGUGGCAUUGAGGGCGGGGCCAGACGUUCUAAUCGCCACACCUGGCCGUCUUAUCGAUCAUCUGCACAACACACCGAGCUUUGAGCUGUCGCACAUCGAGAUCUUGAUCCUGGACGAGGCCGACAGGUAGACAACAACACCUGAGGACGGGGAGGAGUCACAGAGAGUUGUUACGAGAUUUUAGUCUGAAGGGAGGUGACCUGGAUUUCACAGUCCAGGCUUUUUAACGACACUACAGGUGCUGUUGGGUUUGCAGUGCAGUAAAUGUGGUCCAUAUGUGUACAGUGUUUGUGUGGACGACAAACAUGAAAUAAGGUGAUCUCCUCAGUGAAAGUUGUUCUUUGGCCUGUCUGACAUUCUUACAUCACAUUUGAUUUCAACUUUUUAUAUUUAUGCUGAAUGUUUACCGUAGCACCAUGGACCCUUGGGUAACGCAAUUUCAAUCCUCAGUGUGUGUUAAACAUAUGCAGAAUUGACAAUAAAGCUACCUUGAACUUUGAACCUUACAUGCAGAGUCAAAAGUCAACAGAUUUUUAGAGUUUGAUAUUUGAAAUUGCAGUUAGGAAUUGAUGGGGAUCCUUGGCAUGAUGUAGCUCUGCACAUGCUUAGUUAAAAGUUCACCUCUCCUAUCUCAACUGCUGUCAAGUGCUCUCAUAUUAGUGUGUAUAAUCUAACCAGUUUGAUAAUUGUUUAGUUAAAAACUUCAAUAGUACGUUAACUUAGUUUGAUAUUAUUUUUUUGUAAUCAAUUUUUUCUAUCAUUAUUAUUAUUCGUAGAUUGGCUCAAAUUAAAUGAUAUACAACACAUAUUUUGCAUAACAACAAAGGAUGCAACCCUAACCGCAUCGAAGUUUAGAUGCAGUCUAUUUAUUUGAAUCGCACAGCUUUGCACACGUUAAGUCCUAUGGUAGCUCAGUCAAAGUUCUCAUCUGUUAGCAGCUUUAAUGCUGUAAAGAAUAUGAAAAGUUUUUUUUUUUUUGAAUUGUGAAAGAGAAACAACGACUUUCACUGUUGAGAUCAUUUAAUUCCUUUUAACAUCUGAGAUCCAAUGAGCUCAGACUCAGCUGAUCACGCCUCCACAGAGGUCUGCUGUGUCUGCAGGCUGGUCCUUCUCUUAAUACCAAACUGAUUUGCUUUUUAAACACUCUGAUCCUGUAGUCCAGUUUUAAUCCAGCCCUCUGCUGGGAUCAGGAUGAGUCAGAAUGUGGGGGGGCCUCCAAACAUCCCCUGUGUGGUUCACCUGUGGAGUUUAUCUAAGUCUCUGUGUUUAUGUGUCUCAGGAUGUUGGAUGAGUAUUUUGAAGAGCAGAUGAAGGAGAUCAUCAGGUUGUGCUCUUACAACAGACAGACCAUGUUGUUCUCCGCCACCAUGACAGAGGAGGUACACACACACGCACACACACACACACGUACACUUGUGUCAUGUGACCUUUGUCUCCAGGUGUUUCAGUCUGUGUCUGCAGCUGUAUCUGCUCAUGUUGUAUGAUCCCUCCAGGUGUUUAAAAGUCUAUCAUGUCUGUCACAGGUGAAGGAUCUGGCAGCGGUCUCGUUGAAGCAGCCAGUCAGAAUCUUUGUCAACAGUAACACUGACGUCGCUCCAUUUCUGCGACAAGAGUUUGUCCGAAUCCGACAGAACAGAGAGGGAGACCGUGAGGCUGUAGUGGCCGGUACGUUCUCAUAAUACUGCAGUUUAAAUAAGUGAUACUGCAGUGUGAUCUCUCAUACUGCACAGCUGUGUCUUUUCUGCAGUACUGAUGUCUGUUGUGUAUUUUUGUAGCUCUGCUGACUCGGACGUUCCAGGAUCACGUGAUGUGUUUCACUCAGACCAGGAAACAGGCUCACAGACUUCACAUCCUGUUGGGACUGAUGGGACUAAAGGUCGGAGAGCUUCACGGAGAACUGAGUCAGAACCAGAGACUUGAGAACCUCAGGUAGGCACACAAAACCAGAGACUUGAGAACAUCUGAUAGACAGAAAAGAACCAGAGGCAUGAGGGCCGCUGAUUCGUAGACACAGAAUCAAGGGCUGGAAACCUCCGAUACACUUCAGGUACAUGUGCAUCGAACCUGGAGGAAUAUACACAGGUACAGGACCAGAUUUUGAAUAACCAUGGGUACACGUUGAGAGACAAGCCUUGCGUGUAUUCACAUAUCACCUUAGAUUUUAAAUCCCAAGCACAGAGUGCACACAUACACAGACUUAGAACCAAAUACAAAAAAAAAAGUUACAUACUAAAAUCACUCACUGGAGGAUGUCAGGAACACACAGCCAAAGACUGAAGAACCCUUUGGUACAUGCAUACAGACAUAGAUAUUGGAGUAUCUCAGUUACACUAACAGAACACUACCUCGUCUUGAUCAUGACAUGUAUGUACUGACCUGUUUUCUUCUCCUCCUUCUUUGCUCUCCAGACGCUUUAAAGAUGAGCAGAUAGAUAUCUUGGUGGCGACAGACGUGGCGGCCCGAGGUUUGGACAUCGACGGAGUAAAAACAGUGAGUAACUCCCUUCCUGCAUCUGUAGGAGUACAGUAAAGCUACAAAGAAGCACAAACAUAAACAUGAAGUGACUUUUUUGAUUUUGUUUUUAUCCCCAAUUGGAGGGUUGGAUUAAAGCUGAAGCCUCAUAUCCCUCUGCCUCAAAGACAUUGACGAAGAUUGGACAGUAUCCAUGACGCACACAGUGCAAAAUAAGCUAUGAGGUCCAGCAGCAAAAAACAGGAAGAUUAGAUUACCAACCUAAUAGGCCUGCACGAUAUAUCGUUUGACUAUCGUCAUCGCGAUGUACGUGUGUGCGAUAGUCACAUCGCAGAGCCUGCGAUAUUGGAGGUGAAUGAACUCUUUUAAUUUCAAGGGUAACCGACUGAGAUACACUCCAUGUGACUCUGCAUGUGCUUUGCAGCGAUCCACCAAUCACCUUCGUCCUUAACUCAGUUGCCAAUCAGACUUACUUCUCAGUUGCCAAUCAGACUACCCUGCCAGCUGUCAAUCAAAAUCAGAGAGGAGGAAACCCACCCCUGCACAUGUUCUGCACAUGGAGGGAGACGUGUGUCCGCUGAGAAUUACUUUCGGAACUUUACUCAUGACUAUUAAGCCUAACAAAUAAGAACUGUAUGGGUUUUAAAUUGUACAUUUCCGUGGACCACUCUACUAUAAGCAGUGCGCGUUUUGCGAGGUGCAUGCAAUUCUCGGAGGACAUGCGUUUCUCGGCACAACACCGCUAACAACAACAACAACAACGAUCGCAAAAUGAACAACGAACAAGCGAAAACCACCGAAAAUGAAGAUUUGUUGCCAAAAAGAAAAGGAAAGUCAGUUAUCUGGAAUUAUUUCGGUUAAAAGAAGGAUGAUGUCGACCAAAACACGUCUUCUGUGUUCAUCUGUUGCCACAAUAACGUCCCAGCACAAUAAAAGCUAAAAAAUAUCUCUGAGACAGACAGAAGCCGUUCUACUAACAUUCACAAAAAGAGGUAAGAUCAGUGCAGGUUAACUGUCCUCAAGAUUUCAGCAGUGCAGCAUAACAUUAAAUGCUAUUCAGGUCAUCUGGUGAAAAUUCCUGUAUUUUUAAUAUCGCAAUAUAUAUCGCAGGGUUGAAAAAAUCGCAAUAUUAUUUUUUUCCAAUAUCGUGCAGCCUUACAACCUAACUUGCUUAGAUGUUAAGCACACAGGACAUCCGUAAUCAUAAGAUCCUGCCUGAUACUGUCAGUCUGUUCUAAGUUUUGAAUCCUUAAUCAAGUUAAUGCUGCUGAGUCUUACAUACAUGUCUGUUGUUUGAAAAGUCCUUCAUCAUCUGUGCUGUUCAUUUCACUGGAGUUGAUAUUAAUCCAUGCAUCUACAAAACUUAUACUCUCUCCACACACCAAGCACGAGUAGAAUCAUUCCCGCGAAUGAAUCACAUGUUAAGUUAAUGCAAAGACGCCCCUACUACUCUGGCGGCGCGAAUGAUGCGAAUUGGGCGGGAGCUGAAAAUGUCUUAACCUCAGCGGAUAUUCACGUCACUGUAACUAAUCAGCACAAAGGCUGCCGGGUGACGUAUGAAAACAGACAGUUGUUCACUAGUACCUAAAAUGAAGGACAAACUGAUCGUGUCGGUGUGUGGGUGCCCCAAUUAUAUGAUACCUUUUCUUUCAAUUACCGAAACCGGGAUAAAAAGGAGCUCACCUGGGGUCAAGUGAGUUAGGAGGUCGGAUUACCUGGUAGAUUGAAAAAAACCCUUUGUCUAUCACUUGAUCCUGCCGGUUGAAUUGGCAGGGAUUACCGUUGAAAUUGCCGUUGAUGUGUGAAUAAAACAAAUACUUUGCAUUCACACAUCUAGAUUCUCGCAAAUUAAGUGAGUAGACGAUUUUACUCGUGCUUGGUGUGAACGCCCCAAUACAGUGACCUUAUGUGUUUUCUGUGCUUGUCAGGUCAAGUCAAUAUGCAAUCUAGAGUCCAGUGCAUUUAAGUAGAUAGGCUGUUUAAAUAGUAACACCCCUUGCAUGAAGGAUCACCUGGCUCCAUGACCUGGUUAACUUUCCCACAUCUGUCUUUCUGCCUGUCUGUCUCUCAGGUGAUAAACUUCACCAUGCCAUCCACCAUAAAGCACUACGUUCACCGUGUCGGUCGGACAGCAAGAGCAGGACGUUCGGGGCGUUCGGUCUCUUUGGUGGGAGAGUCGGAGAGAAAGAUUCUGAAGGAGGUGGUGAAGUCCGCCAGGAGCAGCGUGAAGGCCCGAGUCCUGCCCCCAGGUGCGCUUAACUGAGAGAGACAGAGAGCUGGUCUAAGUUCAUGGACUCUGAGCUGGUAAUUUAGCGCAUUUUGGAGAGUUGACCUGAUGAAACUCUCUCCUAUUCUCGUUCUCUGGUCCAGAUGUCAUCCUGAAGUUCAGAGAUCUGAUCACAAAGCUGGAGAAAGAUGUUGAAGCUGUGAUGAGACUGGAGAGAGAAGAGAGAGAGCUGGCAGCAUCUGAAGCCAAGGUACACCUGAACACCUGUCCGUCUCUACAUCUUUGCCUUUCAAUGCAGCUAAUGAUAAGCAUUGUUAACCUCAUUCAAAAAUAUCAUGAUGAUGAUAUUUAUAAAUACAGCAGUCGACCAAAGAAAAAACUCGGUCAACUGAAAUUACAAAAAAAAAAUCAAAUACCCAUAAACUGCAGAUCAUCCUGACGCCUGUGCCGGUGUUUUGCUGUAUGAAGCUACCCUGUUAACUGGUUACGUAUGUCCUGGGUUAUGGUAGUUUUGACUGAAAACUGUGUUUUACUUCCAUGAACUGUUUCAAUCUGACCAACUUUAUAAUAAAGAAAAAUCAAAAUCAGCAGAGCUAACCAAAGUGCUGCUCAGUGAAAUACAGUCAUUUAUAACACAGCUAAAGAACAUGAACCAUGAAAACACAGUGUUGUGUUAAUUAUCAUAACAUGUCAAUCUUUCUUGUGUGUGUGUGUGUCUGCGGGUCUAUGUAGCUGAGUGUCGCUCAAAAGCGUCUGGACGGCACUGCUUCAUCCUCUGACGCUCAGAGAGUUUGGUUUCAGACUCAGCAGGAGAGAAAACAGAGCCGCAGUGAGUCCUUACACACACACACACACACACAUACACACACACACAUAGAGUGUGAUGACGAGAUCUAAAAUCAGAACUGGUUCAUUGUCCGGUUGCCAGGUUAUUUCAGUCUUUUCUCCCUCUGUUAUUAUUUUCCAUCAUUUAAACUGACUGUUUUAGACAAACCCAAACAUUUCUGCGGAAACGUAGAUAAAAUGCCUUUUUAAAAAAGAGCAACUGUUUGGCAGAUAAGAAGUACAGACUGGCUGAUAACGCAGCUCAGUCAAUCUCUAUUUCUAUAGCACCAAUUUAUAACAAGUGUCAUCCCAAGACACUUAAAGAAACAUGUCCAGACCAGACUCUGUUUACAAAGACCCAAAAGUAAAGAUGUAUUAGACUUAACUCCAUCCUGUAAGAUCAGACCCACUCCCAUCCCAUCCUCACAUAAGUGAAACACUUUAUACUAUAACAACAAAGUUACAGUAGAAAGGAAGGACUUUGUUUUACAGGCAGAAACCUGGAGCAGAACCAGACCCAUAUUAGACAGUCAUCUGCUGAGACUGAACUGAGUUUAGAGAGGAGAGAGAGAGAGAUGGAAAGAGAAGAGAGUUGGAAAGAGGAGAGAUUGAUGCAUGUAGUUAAAGGAGCAGGUAAACAGGCAGGUCCACUGCAACAAACAUUUGCAGCAGCGAUCCAGAGGGACCUAUGACAUGAUGGAGCUCAGGGACUCCCAGAAAAGACUGUGUAUAAGUGACUCUAAUGGGACAUGAUGAUUCAAAGUUAAUGAUAUAGAACCUUUUAGGAGGGAGAAGGAGAGCAAGGUGCUCAAUGUGCUAGCACCUCAGGAGGUCUAAAACUAUAGCAGCAGAACUAGCUGAUCCAGACCUGAACCAGCUCAAAGUAUAGUCUUUAUCAAAUUAGAAAUAAAUAUAAAUGCUCUGAUUCUUUCUAAUUCUGAACAGUUAUUUUUUUGUGGAUUUGUUUGCACCCUCAAUGGCUUCCUUGUUCGGGAUAAGUAGUGCAUAUGUGAAAUUAGACCGCUUGUAGCUCUAAGCAGUACUCUGUAGUCCUCUAAGUACAGUUUCAUGAGCCAUCCCUCCUCUUCCUCAGUGUCCAAGGCUCUGCAAGAGUUCGAUUUGGCUCUGAGAGGAAAGAAGAAGAGACAAAAGUUCCUGAAGGAUGGCUCGAAGAAGAAGGAGUUGACGGUAAUACCUGAACUCACCAAUUGAUAUAUAUAUUUUUUUGGACUGUCUUCAUAAGAAGUCUGGUAAACACAGCACUGCUGAAGAUUUCAUUUUUAUGUUUUUUGUUGUGUUUCAAUCACCCACUGCAACUGAAUGCAGCACGGGAUUGAAAAUGUCUUUCCUCAUAAUAAACAAACAACCUCAGUGUGUUUGUUACCUGGUGAAAUCGUAUUUAGUAAGUUAGAGUGGGAGCUCUUAGCUGAAAUAGAUGCUAUUUGUCAUCUCUCUUUUAGUCUGAGGAGCGCGCUCAGUUCGAGAUCCUGAAGGCUCAGAUGUUCGCUGAGCGAGCAGCUAAACGAGAGAGACGACCAAAGAGAGCAAGAGCGAUGCUGGAGGACGAAACACCGACUCCAGGUAAGAAUAAAACACCAGCUGAGGCAGCAUGACAACAAAACUGUCAGUGUGGUUGGUUUGGUUUGUACAGCAUAAAAAUGUGAGGUCAUCAACUUACUUUGUCGUCAGUUUUGUUAACUGUGUAGUUCAAACAGUCCAUUUACCAAUCCAUCCUCACCCAAGGAAAUACGUCCAAAUUGUUCACUACCACGUGUUGAACAACAAUGCAACAUCUGCUCUUUAAUAAUCUGUUGCAUUGGUUCCCAAACAUGUGCCAUGAGGCAACUACACAAAAAUAAUUGUAUUUUAUUUACUAUAUCACUACUUUGUAUGCACUCAUUUCGUAAUACAGAGGCAAACUCUUUCCCGAAAAACAAUUCUGAAAAAAAAAAAAAAUCCUCAGCAAGAAUCACAUAUUUCACUGUUUGGGCAGUUGCAUAGGUGGGAAUUAAGAAAGAACAUUAAAACAUAAAAACACACGAGAGGGAAAAUGGAGCACUUUCUUGUGUGGAGCAAACCACAGACCACCAAUGCUGAGACUGCCGACAAUCCACCACCGAUCCUCCACAAAGAGGUACGUUAGCUGUCAUGUGGGAAAGUCCUACCCCGUCUUUAGGAGCUUCUGGAAGAACUUUUACAAUUUUGACGUGAACAUGCUGUCCCACAUCAAGACUUGUCCCUUGGUGUGCCUUGGGGGAAAAAGUUUGGGAACCAAUGGACUAUUGCAUAUAGCUUGAUUUGUUGUUAUUUAUUGUGUCAACAACUCUGGUGAGCUGGUAAUCCAUGGAGUUGUUCUUUAAACUCUUGUCUGCCCUGAGAAACAUUCAAACUCCUUUGACUUUGACAAACUGACCUCUGUGUCUCUGCAGCAGCCAAACAGAAAGGAGGAAAAGGAGGAAAGAGGUCUGUGUUUGAUAAAGAGCUGACCAACACCAGCAGCAAAGCUCUCAAACAGUACAGAGCUGGGUGAGUCUGUCCGUUCACCUGUCUGUUUAUCUACCUGUUCCUCUAUCAGUCCACCCGUUUCUCACCUCUCUCUGUCCGUCUCUCUGCCUACAGACCAUCCUUCGCUGACAGGAAGCGUCUAGGUUUGGACAAAAAGCGUUCCAGUAACUCCAGGUGAGUCUUUACAUUGUCUGUCUGAUGGCGGCUCGAAGAGAUGUUAAAAGAGUAAAGAUGGCUGACUGUGUUUUCUCUGUCAGGUUUAACAAGAAGAAGAAGAAGUGA